AUGAGUGGCGUUAGCCUCGGAAGAAGGGCAAACAGCACAGCGGACGUGAUCACGGUAAAUCCGGAAGUGCUUGGUUCUGCAAAGCAGUUUGUAGGAACACCUGUACUGAUCAAUGGCGUGCAAUUCGCAGCGUUUGUGCUUGCAUUUAUGCUGCUUCGGCUGCGGCUGAAGCGCAUAUACCAGCCCAAGUCAUCUUUCCGUCUGAUUAACGACGAAAAGAAGCCAGAUCCGCUACCUUCGGGGCCUUGGCAAUGGUUUGUGCCGCUGCUGAAGAGCUCGCACAACCUAAUAAUUCAGCAGGCCGGGGUGGACGGCUAUUUCUUCAUCAGGUACCUAUAUGUGUUUGCGGCAUACUCGUUCGUGUCGACGCUUUGGAUUCCGCCGCUGCUGCUGCCCCUAAAUGUGCAGGGAGAAGACCAAAAGGACAGCCUGGAUCGGCUUUCGCUAUCGAAUCUGGGGGAAAACCAGGGCAAAUAUCUUUAUGCACAUGUACUGGUAAGCUUGGUGUACUUCUGGGGGCUGUUGUUUGUGAUCUACCGUGAACUUACGUAUUAUACUGCCAUUCGCCACGUUGUACUUUCCUCGCCACGGUAUGCAAAGAAGCUCUCCUCACGAACCGUGUUAUUCCAGUCGGUACCGGAGCAGUACCUGUCCGAGACGGAAUUCUCGAAACUCUUCGUCGGUGUGAAACGCAUAUGGAUUACCCGUGCAGCAAGUGAUCUUGGCUCCAAGGUUGCAGAGCGUGACAAUGUGGCCAUGCAGCUCGAAGCAGCAGCUACUUCAUACUUGCGGACAGGGGUUCUACGUGCCUCGAAACUGAAGAAGAAGACCGGGCAGACUAUCACGGAUCAGAUUGCAGACUAUGUGCCAGCAAAGCGUCGUCCGCGGCACAGAUUGCGCAUACUGGGGAAGAAGGUCGACACCAUCGAUUAUACGAAGGAGAAGCUCAUUGAGCUGAACGAGGAGAUCUUUAAGAUGCAGGCCAACCAUAUGGAUGCGCGGCCGUUCAAUUCUGUGUUUGUAGAAUUUGAGUCGCAGUUUUACGCGCAAGAGGCACAACGGUCGUUGCCACACCACAUGCCCUACUGUUUGCGUCCUGCAUACGUGGGAAUCCGCCCAGCUGAUAUCAUAUGGUUUAACAUGCGUAAGUUUUGGUUCGAAAGAAUUGCUGCAAAGCUAAUUGCAGGUGUAUCGAUUACCGGAGUCAUCGUCUUGUGGGCUAUACCUGUCGGUGCUAUUGGUAUUUUCCCACAAAAGAUCAGAAGCGCGAAAAGCGACCCGAACAAUAAGUGGGGCCGUUUAGUGCCACCGGAACCCAUGGAUGGUAUCUUGAUUUCGCUUCUACCCACGAUUCUGUUAUAUGUGCUCAUGAUGCUGCUACCCAUAUUCAUCAGACGAAUGGCCAUAUUUGCGGGUGCACCAUCUGUGCAGCACGUUGAAUACUAUACACAGCGCGCUUUUUUUGCAUUCCAACUCAUCCAGAUCUUCCUGAUUCGGACGGUCAGUUCUGUUGCUUAUGUGUUGAUAAAAGAGCUUAUAAACAACCCCACAGCGAUAAUGAACGAACUGGCACUUAAAGUUCCCCAGGCAUCCAACUUUUAUUUGGGCUAUAUCGUCACCAUUUUGCUCUCCUUGUCCUCAAGUUUACUGCUGCAACUUGCACCAUUGGUGCUAUUCUACGUGAUGGGUCUACUAUUCGAUUCAACAGUCCGGAAGCAGUAUAUGCGUUUCAUCACAUUGCCAACACCUGAAUGGGGAACUACAUUCGCCGUCUAUACCAACUUGGCUGUGAUUGUGAUGGCAUUUUCGAUUACUUCACCAUUGAUUCUUCCGCUGGCCGCUGUUGGCUUCUUUGCAGCCUAUGUGGGAUACCUCUACUCCCUCAUUUACGUCUACAAGGAGUCGCCUGAUGCUCGUGGUAUCCAUUACCCAAGAGCACUAUUUCAAACACUGACCGGGGUGUACAUCAGUCAAAUUUUCUUAUUUUUGAUGGUCAUUCUUCGCAAAGCCUGGGGUCCGAUAGUUAUUCAGGCAAUCUGCCUGGCGGGCACUAUUCUAGCGCAUUAUAACAUGGCCCAGGCGUUCAAUGAGCUGAUUGAUAGUGUUCCUGUAGAUACAAUGAAACCUCUGGAUGGUAAGUCCGAGACGCCGUCUUUCAAGCCACCACCUCGUGCCGACGACGAAGAUCUUGUGCAGGAACUACCACCAUUUCCAGUGAGGCAAUACCAAACCCGCACAGUUAGUGGGGACCAGAAGGCCAGUUCGAUGCUAAGUGAAUUCACUUAUGAAUACUAUAAUAAGAAUGGUGCUCCGAAUAGUACGGUUGCUACGGUACCGUUGCUAUCCGAUGGCGAUAUCGUCCCAAUUCCCAAGGCUCCUUUCUGGAAACGCUAUUUUCUUCCGCACAUCUAUUAUUCUUAUCGUGCAGUCAAAACUCGGCUUCCUGAAAUAUACAAUCUACCAGAUCCCGAUGAGAAAGAGACAGACGAGGAGAAUGCGUUGGCCUACUGCUACCCUGCGGUAAGUGCCAAAUGUCCAUGUCUGUGGCUGCCACGGGAUCCGUAUGGUUUCUCGAAGAACUUGAUAGCAUACCUUGAAGAUGCCGUUUCUGCAAGUGACGAAGGUGCAGAAAUAUCUGAAAAUGGUAAAAUCGAAGUCUACCGCGAUGUCCAACCACCAGAAACAUCGUCAAAACCAAAAGCAGAAAAACCUAACACAGAAUAUCUAUGA